GUGUAAAUGAUGACAGAAUUUCCGUUUUUGGAUGAACUAUCCCUUUAAUAUGAUCUGACAGAGCCUCUGUCCCUUGAACUCUUUAGCAUAGACUCUCUUCAUAAAAACAUCAGAAUUACUGUCUCAGGAUUAUGUUGACCACAUUCUUGAGUGUAACACAAUAGGCCCUUUACAAACUUGAAAGAGGGGAAAGUAAGCCCUCCAGUGGCUGCUGAGAUAAAGCACAGAAGUCAUGCUGAAUAUAUUCUCAUUUUAGGACAUUUAGUCAUCAGUGACAGCUCAGUGUUACGCUUUUGGAACAAUAAAUUGAAUUAUAAUCUGACCCACUUUUGGCCUCUGUUAGUCCAGUCAUCAUUCACAUUUAUAAAACUUAUGUUAUUAACUUAGAUUUAUAAAACUUGUAUAUUAAACUUAAAUUAUUGUAGGUUCAAUAAUAUGAUCAAUUCAAUCAAUGAUGUUAAAUAAUAUAAUAAACUUGAAUAAAACCAGUUAAUUUAGAUGUUACCAUUUUUUCAGUGAAUAUGAGAGUGCUUGAUCUCUAGAUACAAAAGCGUUCUAGAGAAAAGUCCUACAGUAAAAUGUAUGUUAUCUGCACCACAAGGUUUUCAUUAUGCAAAUGUAACGACCAGCUAACAUGACUAUCAGCAAUGCCUGCUCUGCACACAGAGGGAGUUUUUGGUGUUUAGUGGAUGUUAUGUUGGGGUUCUUCAGGAAGAUGUUGGUGUCCAUUUAAUGGAAUCUGACCUGCACAUCAGUGACUGCUGAACCUUGUGACUAACAGGAAUAAGCUACUGUCAGUUACUCUUGAAAAGUCUGCCUGUAGCAGACCUUGAAGGGGACUGGCUUCAGUAAUGGAAACAGACAGUAUUAUCACAGAAACUCAGAUAAAUAGAUACCCAAAAUAUGAGAGAAGCGAUGAUGCUCAGUCGACGUCGAGUUCACGGAUUGUUUGUGAUGAAUGUCGAAGAAAACUCAGAAGUUUGUUGCCGGUAAAUUAUAAAGAAGAAAUUAUAAAGCUGCUAAAACUGGCUGGACCAGUGUUUAUAUCUCAGCUGAUGAUCUUUCUGAUCAGCUUCAUCAGCACUGUGUUCUGUGGGCACUUGGGGAAAACUGAACUGGCUGGUGUGGCUCUGGCUAUUGCUGUUAUUAAUGUGACUGGCAUCUCCAUCGGCUCUGGAUUGGCAUCUGCAUGCGAUACACUCAUCUCUCAGACGUUUGGGAGUAAUAAUCUGAAGAGGGUGGGUGUGAUACUGCAGAGAGGGAUUCUCAUCCUCCUGUUGGCCUGUUUCCCCUGCUGGGCGCUGCUCAUCAACACAGAGCCAAUCCUGCUGGCUGUCCGGCAGAAUCCCAGUGUGGCCAGUCUGUCACAACUCUAUGUAAAAAUAUUCAUGCCUGCUCUGCCUGCUGCCUUUAUGUAUCAGCUGCAGGGAUUGUAUCUUCAAAAUCAGGGUAUUAUUUGGCCUCAGGUCAUCACAGGAACAGCAGGGAACAUCCUCAACAUUUCAAUAAACUACAUCUUUCUUCAUCUGCUUGAUCUUGGUGUGGCAGGAUCUGCUGCUGCAAAUGCAAUUUCCCAGUAUUCCUUGGCUGUGAUUCUCUAUGUGUACAUCCAAUGUAUGGGCCUGCAUAAAGCCACCUGGGAUGGCUGGUCUCGUGACUGUCUGCAGGAAUGGGGAGCCUUCAUUUACUUGGCUCUUCCCAGCAUGCUCAUGCUUUGUGUGGAUUGGUGGACAUUUGAAAUUGGUGGAUUCCUGGCAGGACUCAUCAGUGAGGUUGAGCUGGGCGCUCAGUCUGUCAUCUAUGAACUGGCCAGCAUUAUGAAUAUGUUUCCAAUGGGAUUUGCAGUGGCAGCCAGUGUGAGAGUGGGAAAUGCUCUUGGAGCUGGAAACACAGAACAAGCCAAGCUGUCUGCCAAAGUGUCUUUAAUCUGUGGACUACUUGUUUCCUGUGUGAUUGCAACGAUAAUUGGAGGUACUAACAACAUUAUUGGAUACAUCUUUAGCAGAGAUGAGGAAAUUGUCCUCAGAGUUUCACAGGUCAUGAUCCUGUAUGGCUUUAUUCAUCUAUUCGAUGCCACUUCCGCAAUUACAGGUGGCAUUGUCAGAGGUACUGGAAAGCAGAUGCUUGGUGCUCUUUGUAACAUUGUGGGAUAUUAUUUUGUGGGAUUCCCAAUUGGAGUGUCUCUGAUGUUUGCUCUCAACAUGGGCAUAAUUGGUUUGUGGACUGGAUUUUUUGGGUGUGUCUUCCUACAGUCUUUGUUCUUCAUUAUCCUCAUUUACAAACUGGACUGGAAAAAAGUGACUCAAGAGUUUAUAUCUCAGCUGAUGAUCUUUCUGAUCAGCUUCAUCAGCACUGUGUUCUGUGGACACUUGGGGAAAACUGAACUGGCCGGUGUGGCUCUGGCUAUUGCUGUUAUUAAUGUGUCCGGCAUCUCCAUCGGCUCUGGAUUGGCGUCUGCAUGCGAUACACUCAUCUCUCAGACAUUUGGGAGUAAUAAUCUGAAGCGGGUGGGUGUGAUACUGCAGAGAGGGAUUCUCAUCCUCCUGUUGGCCUGUUUCCCCUGCUGGGCGCUGCUCAUCAACACAGAGCCAAUCCUGCUGGCUGUCCGGCAGAGUCCCAAUGUGGCCAGUCUGUCACAACUCUAUGUAAAAAUAUUCAUGCCUGCUCUGCCUGCUGCCUUUAUGUAUACGCUACAGGGAAGGUAUCUUCAAAAUCAGGGUAUUAUUUGGCCUCAGGUCAUCACAGGAGCAGCAGGGAACAUCCUCAAUGCUUUAAUAAACUACAUCUUCCUUCAUCUGCUUGAUCUUGGUGUGCCUGGAUCAGCUGCUGCAAACACCAUUUCCCAGUAUUCCUUGGCUGUGUUUCUCUAUGUCUACAUCCGCUGGAAGGGCCUGCAUAAAGCCACUUGGGAUGGUUGGUCUCGUGACUGUCUGCAGGAAUGGGGUGCCUUCAUUCGCUUGGCUUUUCCCAGCAUGCUCAUGCUUUGUGUGGAGUGGUGGACAUAUGAGAUUGGUGGAUUCCUGGCAGGGCUCAUCAGUGAGGCUGAGCUGGGAGCCCAGUCUGUUGUGUAUGAGCUGGCCACUAUUGCAUAUAUGUUUCCACUGGGAUUUGCAGUGGCAGCCAGUGUGAGAGUGGGAAAUGCUCUUGGAGCUGGAAACACAGAACAAGCCAAGCUGUCUGCCAAAGUGUCUUUAGUCUGUGGAUUACUUGUUUCAUGUGUGGUUGCAACCGUUAUUGGAAGUACCAAAGAUGUUAUUGGAUACAUAUUUACCACAGAAGAAGAAAUAGUGCUCAGAGUAUCAGAGGUCAUGAUCAUGUAUGGCUUCUUUCAUCUAUUUGACGCCACUGCGGGCAUUACAGGUGGCAUUGUCAGAGGUGCUGGAAAGCAGCUGUUUGGUGCUCUUUGUAAUAUUGUGGGAUAUUAUUUUGUGGGAUUCCCAAUUGGAGUGUCACUGAUGUUUGCUCUCAGCAUGGGCAUAAUCGGUCUGUGGAUUGGGUUUUUUGGGUGUGUCUUCCUACAGUCUUUGUUCUUCAUCAUCCUCAUUUGCAAACUGGACUGGAAAAAAGCGACUCAAGAGGCCUUGAUCAGAGCUGGUGUACAAGCCCCUGAGACCAAAGAUGAAUCUUAUGCUAUGGAAAAUAAGGGCUGCACAGAAGAAGUGCCAGAAGAGUCCCUGCACACUGAAGAAAGCCAGACAGAUGCAAACACUGAUCUGGAAGGACUCGGUAAAGGAGAAGGAGGAAUAACAGACGCUGACACAAAGGUCAUAGUUGGAGUGGUUUUGACCACCAGACAGCUGGUUGUUCGUCGAGGACUUGCAGUUUUUUUCAUGCUGCUUAUACUAGCUGGAGGGAUUGUGUUAAAUGAGGUGCUCACUGGAAUUCUCAGAUGAGCAUAUUAAAUACAGAGCUUUGUCUACAAUGAAAAUUUUUAAAAAUCCACCACUGCCUAAGCAAAGUUAAUAAUAUUUGAGAGGUAGAUGAUUGUCUUAUUUAUUUUUCUAUUUAUUUCUUAAUUUUUAGUUCUGAUAUCAGUUGUGUUAAUUGUAUUAUACUGUUAUUGUGAAAGUUUUAUUGAAUUUCAAGAAUAAAAUAAGUGACAAGCUGUAACAGUUACUUGACAUGUAUUUUUUAUUUAUUGUCAGUACUGAGGUUGUUCAUAUGGAAUAAAAAAUUUUUUUUUUUUCUGUCUCUCACACAAUUGUGAGUUUAUAUCUCAAAAUUCAGGACAAAAGUAUUGACUUUCUCUUUUUUUUUCUCACCACCAUGUCCCUUUAGAGGCUCCAUAGACAACACUUAGCCUGUUUAGUUAAAUUGCUUGGUGUUGAACAUCACUGAAAUGAAACUAUAUGAUCCUUGUGUUGUUGUCUUGAUUUUAAGCGUUAUUUCAAAAAUAAAAUUUCUGUCAUUAAUUA